AUAAUUAAAAUAAACAAAUAAUUAAAUAAACAAAAAAAAAACUAAAAGAGAGGAAAACUUCUUGGCAGAUAAGAAAACAAAUCCUUUAUUUUUUUUUGGCUGCCAAGGAAAAAAAAAGUCGGAGAGAGAGGGGAAGAGGUAUUUGCGUUUUUUAUCAAACGAACAUCAAAAGGGAAAUUUUAACGAAACCCAUGAAGGGAUUCGAUUCAUCAUCCGUUGAAUCUCGAAGAAUGGAGAAGAUAAAACGUAACGGCGAGAUGAAGCGGCGGCGCAACGGCGGGGUCACGGAAGAGGAAGCGUCGGAAACGGCGGCGGCGGCGGCGGAGGGAGAUGAUCCGGCGAUGUGGGAGACACUGGAUCAGAACUUCAGACAAGUUCAAUCAGUUCUCGACAGGAACAGGGUUCUGAUCCAACAAGUCAAUGAGAAUCACCAAUCGAGAAUGGCGGACAACAUGGCCAAGAACGUUGCUCUGAUCCAAGAAAUUAAUGGGAACAUCACCAAAGUUGUUUCCAUGUACUCUGAUCUCAACACCAAUUUCUCUUCCAUGUUUGACGGCAAGAACGACGACGGCAGCGACGGUGGCUACAGCGGCGGCGGCACAGGAGCCAGGGCUUGAUUUGGUUUUGGUUUAGCUUCAGUUUUGGUUCUCUAGAUUGAACCGGCCGGUUCCAGAAUUCUGAUUCCGGUUAGGCUAUGAUUAAACUAUUAUUUUAUGUCAUUGAUGACUAUCUUUAGAAUAAAAUCUAUAGGUUGAUGAGUCUUUCAGUGUUCCUCUAUUAAUCGAUAGCAAUAAGAAUCUGGUUUAGAUCACGAAUCUUUA